AUGGUUGUUGCUCAGAAACUCAAGGAAGCUGAAAUCACCGAGCAGGAUUCACUUCUUCUGACAAGGAAUCUGCUCCGAAUUGCCAUUUUCAACAUUAGUUAUAUCAGAGGACUAUUUCCUGAGAAGUACUUCAAUGACAAGUCUGUUCCGGCGUUAGAGAUGAAGAUAAAAAAGCUUUUGCCAGUGGAUGCUGAGUCUCGUAGACUGAUUGAUUGGAUGGAGAAAGGUGUUUAUGAUGCUUUACAGAAGAAAUACUUGAAGACACUUUUAUUCUGUGUGUGCGAAGCAGUGGAUGGACCAAUGAUUGAGGAAUAUGCAUUUUCCUUUAGCUAUUCGGAUUCUGAGAAGCAAGAGGUUUCCAUGAAUGUCAACCGCACUGGAAGCAAGAAACAGGGGGGAGCCUUCAAGUGUAACUCGACUACAGAUAUCACUCCCCAGCAGAUGAAGAGUUCUGCUUGUAAAAUGAUAAGAACUCUUGUUCAGUUAAUGAGAACUCUAGAGAAAAUGCCUGAAGAGCGUACCAUUCUGAUGAAGCUCCUCUACUAUGAUGAUGUGACGCCAACGGAUUAUGAGCCUCCUUUCUUCAGGGAAUGCACAGAAGAAGAAGCGAAUCAUCCUUGGGUGAAAAACCCAUUGAAAAUGGAGGUCGGAAAUGUAAACAGCAAGCAUUUUGUCUUAGCUCUGAAGGUGAAGAGUGUGCUUGACCCUUGUGAGGAUGACAAUGAGGUUGUCCAAGAUGAUAUGAGUGACGAUUCCAUGCAAAAUAAUGAGUAUUAUGACACUGACAGUGAGGUUGCUCAUUCUCAAGGGGAUCAAUAUAUAGUUGCACCCAUAGAGAAACAGCAAGCACAGGAAGAUCCUGGCGAGAUUGAUGAAGAGAAUACCCAGGACCCUGUUGAAGAUGAGCAACAAUUGGUUAGGGUCAAGGAGUGGCUCAACUGUUGUCACUUGGAUACCAUUGAUGUUACUGAUGUUCUAUCAAAUUUUCCAGACAUCUCAGUGGUUCUGACUGAAGAGAUCAUGGACAACCUUGUCAAGGAAGGUGUGCUAUCAAAAAAAGGGAACGACACCUAUGCUAUUAUUAAUAAGGACAAGAAAUCUGAAUUUGAAUUCACCGAUGUGAAAGAAGAAAAUGAUGGUCAAAUUCCUCCAGUCCUUGAUAGAGCUUUGCAGGGCGAAGAUCUCAUCUACAUGAAGGCUCUCUACUAUACUCUUCCAUUGGCUUAUGUGUCAGUCACAAAGCUUCAAAGCUCCUUCCAGGGAGAAGUAAGCCAAACAGCAGCAAGAAAGAUAAUUGAUAAAAUGACCAGGGAUGGGUUUGUUGAAGCUAAAGGCAACAAAAGGCUAGGAAAACGCGUGAUCCAUUCUGAGCUGACCCAGAGAAAAUUCAUCGAGGUCCAAAAAGCUUUAGGUGCUGCUGAAGCUAUGGAUGUUGAUGACUGUGAACCAAAUAGCAAGUCCAAACAAACUGGUUACCGUGUAAAUGGAAGCAACCGAGACAUCUCAACAUGCGGUGUUCUCCACUCAAUCGGAUCAGAUUUAACACGAAUGAAAGUGACCUCUGAUGCAAAUACUACUGACUCCAUGAGUGGACCAAACAUGCCAAAGGAAAAAGAGCCAGGAAGCACCCCAAUAAGCAGGGCUGGGCCAGUUGCUUCAAGGGAGAGUUUUGCGCACAGGAAAGAGAUCAGCACAGCAAAUGCAAGUGGAAUUGCGAACGAAGGCGACGCUGAUACAAUUAUCUGCAGCAAAUCGUCCCAGGACAAGCGCCCCAGGAAAACUAGCGCUGUCAAGGAACCUAUCCAUCAAAAUAUGAAGCGUCAGAAAUUGCAGGCUACAUGA